AUGCCCGUAUCAGUCGAGUGCCAGAAAACGGAAGAUCUAGCGUCGGUACAGCAAGAUCAGUUGGAACCUACCCGAGGGGCAAGAGCCAGUGUAAAACGAUCAUGUCCCGAUAUUGACACCGGCGACGACGCGUCUGUGGAUCGUAUGGAUACGAGUUCUGACCAGGCGUAUCGUAACGCAGACGGAACUGAGGCAGAUGUUGAAGGACAAUGUGGCCAGGAAGAACUCGGAGAGCAACCGGCCAAACGUCGUCGAGCUGACGGCUCUACGCUAUGCAAUACGACGGACGUCGUUUGCAGUGCCGACAAACAGAGCAAAACACAGAAAGCUGCUCUGAAGGACAGAAUGUCUUUGAUGCCUGUCGAUGUUAUCUUCGAGAUAUGCCUCUGCGUGUAUCCAGGCGAUAUGCUUAGCCUGUGCCGUACAAACAAGAGUUUGCGAGAUGCUCUACUGUCUCGUUCGAGCAUCACUGUUUGGAAGAGCGCGAGGCAGAAUGUCGAACCAUCGCCCAUCGAAAGUCCGCCUAUCGGCGUUUCUGAGCCUCUGUGGGCCUCGUUGGCGUUCGACCACUUCUGUUUUGAAUGUGGAAGAUCCGAAGACACGAAACCUUAUUGGGCGUUCAAGCGCCGGCUCUGCUCUGGCUGUGAGAAGAAAUUCCUGGUCACGGCGACCGACUAUAAGCUUGCACACCGAUAUAUUGACGACACCGCCUUUGAAUUAUCACCAUCGAUGGAAGUGGUCGGCGCUUACGAGAUCGUAAGGAUCAAGUACUGGCGUCCAGACGUGGACGACACCGUCCAACUCGUCUCGCGAUAUGCAGACGCCAUUGUAGUAGGAAAGAGGGGUUCUGAGCGUGUACUGCAGCAGUUCCUGAGAGAAAGACGAAAGUCCGUGAGACCGCUUGGCGAGAUGACUAGGCGUAUGCAGGAAUGGUAUAUCGCAUACCAGGCAAAUCAGGAAGAGGUGAUGAAGAAGAGAUGCGAAGCUAUCAAGAACCUCAUGACCGAAGAAGGCUUUUCUUCUAUAGACAUGAACACCCCACAAUUCCACAAUCUAGCCGAUGUCGAAUUGAGGAGACCUUUAACUGACGACGAAUGGGUCGAUAUCCGUCCGAGGCUUGUGGUUUACCUUACGGAAGCUAGAAAGGCUCGCCUAAUUCUAGAGGAAGAACAACGCAUGGACCGAGCCCGCAGCAUCACAGAAGCCAAACCAGCAUAUGAACGCACGUACCUCCUUUUGUUCCGGCCAUCCGAGUGGUAUUACUUGCCUUCGGCCGAAGUCUUUGUUCAGACUUCAGAUUUCGUCAACCUUCUUGCGAAAAACGCAAAGGCAAGGGUGCACGGACAUAGCUGGUUCCUUUCUGAUGCAGUGGCAAGAUGGGUCGAGCACAAACGCGGCCUGCACAAUGCAAUGCUUCCGGAUGAGUGCCGGCGCCGAGCAACCAUUAGAGAGAUGAACCCCUCACCUAUCUCCCGAUACGAUGGAUUCGGACAUCUUCGUCCUUGGCAAGAUGUUAGCGGUAUGGAUCGGUUCUUGGGUUCUCUGACGCUCGCGAUUGCAGUGUUCAAGACUAAGGAAGGAGGACGGGUCUUGAUUGCGCAAGACGCGUGUCACGCGUGGAAAGAGGAUAUCACUCUUGAGUUCUCCUCGCGUGGGUCGGCGGCUGGGAAGAAGAUGUGUGAGAUUUUGAAUGUGUCGUUGGAUACGAGGGCUAUCACGAUGGAUAAGCUGGACAAACGAUUCGUUUGUUUAAGCUGCCACAACGCGAACGGUGGUUCCUGGAGUGGAGUCAAGGCUCAUACAUGGAGGACUGGGGUCGAGCAUUCCGCGUCUACGGCUGAUGUAGUAGACCAUGGUACUCCUCGUUGGCGGCUGCUCGAUUCGGGAGAGAUGGAGGCUGUCAAACGGAGGGAACAACCGAUCGCGUCUUCGGACCUUGCCAAGACUGCACACUGGUAUUGUCAGUACUGCAACCAGGGGCCCGUGUCUUCAGUAUGCACGACUACGGAACGUUCUUUGUCAGAUAUAGCAUGGACGUACGAUGAAUUGCUGAGACACCUGGACGAAAGACACGAAAUCUCGGAUGCUAUCCUUGGGGAGGACUUCGUCUUUUUCCCAACGAUGCCUGGCACGCCCUUGUUGAGAGCACCCUUCGAAAUUGUCGACUUCGCCCCGGCAGAAAUACCCACGGGCGAGUUUUAA